GUUAAAAGUGAGAAAAGCCGGUCCUCCCUUCUCCAUUUGGAUUACAAGCUCAAAGGGACUGCUUAUAACCUGGAGGAAUGAUCUCCGUGCUCCCGGGGGGAGCACUGCCCACAGUACGUGCAUAGAGAGGCUUUGAGAGGAAUUAAGAUCUCAGGCCCAUGGCGACUUGCCCUGUCCUGCAGAAGGAGACGCUAUUCCAGACAGGAGACUAUGCUUACAGAAUCCCUGCUCUGAUCUACCUGUCAAAGCAGAAGACCCUGCUGGCCUUUGCGGAAAAGCGUCUGACCAAGACGGAUGAGCAUGCAGAUUUGUUUGUCCUACGAAGAGGAAGCUACAAUGCAGACACCCAUCAGGUCCAGUGGCAAGCUGAGGAGGUGGUGACCCAAGCCUACCUGGAGGGCCACCGCUCCAUGAGCCCAUGUCCUUUGUAUGACAAGCAGACAAGGACCCUUUUCCUUUUCUUCAUCGCUGUCCGUGGGCAAAUAUCAGAACACCACCAGCUCCAGACUGGGGUUAAUGUCACACGGCUAUGCCACAUCACCAGUACUGACCAUGGGAAGACCUGGAGCGCUGUCCAGGACCUUACAGAUACCACCAUUGGCAGCACCGAUCAGGAUUGGGCCACAUUUGGCGUGGGUCCUGGGCACUGUCUGCAGCUGCGAAACACAGCUGGGAGCCUGCUGGUCCCUGCUUAUGCCUAUCGGAAACAACCCCCUAUCCAUACACCUGCCCCCUCUGCCUUCUGCUUCCUCAGCCAUGACCAUGGGAGCACAUGGGAGCUGGGCCACUUUGUGUCCCAGAACUCGCUGGAGUGCCAGGUGGCUGAGGUUGGCACUGGCGCUGAGAGGGUGGUCUAUCUCAAUGCUAGGAGCUGCCUGGGAGCCAGGGUCCAGGCACAAAGUCCUAACAGUGGCCUGGAUUUCCAGGACAACCAGGUAGUGAGUAAACUUGUAGAGCCUCCCAAAGGCUGCCAUGGAAGUGUGAUUGCUUUCCCCAACCCCACCUCAAAGGCAGAUGCCUUAGAUGUGUGGCUGCUCUAUACCCACCCUACAGACUCCCGGAAGAGGACCAACCUGGGUGUGUACCUCAAUCAGAAGCCACUGGACCCCACCACCUGGUCAGCUCCCACCCUGUUGGCAACAGGCAUCUGUGCCUACUCGGACUUGCAGAACAUGGGGCACGGCCCUGAUGGCUCCCCGCAAUUUGGGUGUCUGUAUGAGUCAAAUAACUAUGAAGAGAUUGUUUUCCUCAUGUUCACCCUGAAGCAAGCUUUCCCAGCAGUGUUUGGUGCCCAGUGAUCUUGCUGCAUGCGGCCCAAAGUGCUUCAAAACACCC